CAAACUCACUGUCAGAUCAGUGCAGCGGCAGAGUGUUGGACAGCGGGGGUUGUCUCGAGGAGGUGGGGUCUGUCCCAUGUGUCGACUGCCUGAUGGAGAGAAGAGGAGCACAGCACAUCCGUCUGCAGACGCUUGAAGUAAACCUACAGAAAGACAAGUGAUUGCCUUGAGUGUUUCUUUAUUCCGAAGGAAUUGCCACUACAGGCUGCAGCAGAGUGGGCUGUUGAUGAGGGGUGUUAAGCAUGAGAUUCCCAGAGACCUGAGGUUAGAGAUCUGUCAAACAUGUGAUUGGACAAUACCCCUCAAGACCUACAGCAUGUGACUUUGCAGUAGAGUUUGUAGACCCUCGCCAUGCUCUCUCUGUGGAAUCUAUAUCUUCUUCUCCCCCUCUCCUUGCCUCUCUCACUUCAUGUUAUAGCCUUUUCUGGAGAGAAUGUCAAGGAAACACAACAGCCAGACACUGACACAGCAAUGCAGCGUCUCGCACAGCCCUCACAGAGACCUCAUGGAUCUGGUUUAGCAUCGGGGAAUGUUGACUUCUUGGGUCUACCUUUGAGUUGGCCCUUGUCAUCAUCUGAGGAAUCAGAUAGACAAGGUGUGAUUGGUGAAUACAGUGAUUUACAGGAGAGCACAGAGUCGUCUAUUUUGUAUCCUAAUGAGAAUGGACGUAUCAUAUCCAGACACACAGAUAGUGCUACAGAAGAUGCUAACUCCAAGGCGAGUACACAACAAAUGAGGUCUUCAUCAGGAAGAGUACCGUCUCAGCCUACCCAGGAACAAAUAUUAAAGAAUCCGUCAGCUGAGACUAGCACUGGAUCUUUAUUGCAUUCUACACAGACUGGAGAGAAUCAGCCAACUUUCCCAGCCUCUGUGAAUCAGACGACUAAAAGCCCAUUACCUUUUCCUCUGUCUGGCUCACUUCCAUCAGAUCAGGACUCCACUUCACCGCUGUCUGCUGGACCUGGGCCCAUCCCUGAGCACCCCACUCCACCAGUAGCCACUGGCAGUUGGGGAUGGACCACGAGCCCUUCUGUUAUCACACAGGGAAAGACACAGGAGGGGACUGACCCAGUGAAACAGACCGGAGAUGGAUUGAUUGAUUUUACAGAUCGUAUUUUAUACAGCAUGGAGGCAGAUAACGGUGACUCCAAGGAUGAUGACCUACGUGUCUCAAAGACCAGUGGCACACUCUUGCUUGAUGGUAACAUGGACACAUCCACCACACCCUGCAAAACAUCAAACCAGUCCUGGACUUCCACUUACCCAGAUGAUGUUACUCCCAACGAGUCCCUGCGCCCCUCUCUGGCUCUCAACUCUGCCCUUUUUGUCCCUCUGUAUUCGGACUGGAACUCUGCCCUUGCUACAUGGGGAUUUGCGUGGGAAGCACACAUCUAUGGCCUGGGGUCUGUCUUCACUGCGUUUGGCCUAAUCUCUGUGGUCUGCCUGUUAGGCCUGCUCCUGCGUUGUCCCCCAGGAAGCCCCUACUUCACCCUGCUGCACUUGUUUCUCCUAGCAUUUGCAGGGAUCCAAGCUUUCUGUUUGCUCUAUGAUGCUUACAAUCACCAAGAUCGUCUUCCCCCUCUGGGCUCUCUGCUGCUCUCUGAGCUGCCCUUCCCCUGUUUGAUCUCAGCCUUCUCCCUGGCCUUUCUCCUUCUUUCCUUGCGCUCACGCAUGCAUCUUUCUCUCCCACUUGCUAAUUCCACCUCAUUCUCAGCCUUGCCCAAACCUUGCCUGUUACUAUGUAUGUCCCUGUUGCAUUCUGGAGUCUCUCUAGGGUGUGUUGGCAUGCUCGAGCUCUUCCACAGCCUCCCCACCAUGAUCCUGCUAUUCCCUCAGGGUGUGUUUGUGUGUCUCACCAUCUUUCUCUCAUGCUCCUACCUCAUCUUCUACUGCUUUAUACAAGUCAACACUAAACACAUCUACAGGCUGAAUGACAAUGGAGAGAGUGGAGGAUCUCCUGAAGUGAUGCAACCUGCAAGUUGCCCCUUUGCCAAAGUGGAGGACUGGGGUAGGGCAGCUGGAGCUGGAGUAGGUGCUUCGUUGUGUUUGUUAGGAUGUGGAGGCCUCCAGCUUUAUGGGAUCCUGCAUGCCCUUGGUUUGGGUGGCGUUGAUGGCUCUGGGUUCCAGCCCUGGCCCUGGUGGGGCUACCAGGUAGGCUGCAGGCUCUGUGAGGUUGGGGUGUGUCUAGGUUUGUCUCUCAUUGGUACACACCCUCUAUUCUGUCACAACUCCUCCUCUAUCAAGACCAUAACUCAUCCUCGGCCAGGAUCUUGGUCCCGCCUUUCCUGCAGCUCCCCUUCACGAGGGCUCACCCUGCCCUCUCAGGGAGGUAAAAAUUCUCCUGUCCUCUCCUCUCACGAUUCCUGGUCCCAGGGUAAGCAGGAAAAGCUGGUGGUCUGUGAUGUCAUCACUAAGGGACAGUCAGAGGCUCUUCCUCUUUUCUCAAUGGUGGAUCCUCCUGGAAAUGGACUAGACUGUGUCCCCAAGUCCAGCCAAACCCGGAACACUGUACUACCUCUACCUACACCCCCAAGCCCUCCACACAAGCCUAAAAAUGCAGUUGAGUCUCAGAUAUCGUCACUGGACAACCUAGGACUGGAAACUGACUCUUCUGUGGACCUGCGGCCUCCAUCUCCCAUAGACUUGUCCCGCAGCAUUGACCAGGCUCUGUUCAGUGAAUCCCUAUUCUCUCACAGUAUCUUUGGUUUGCCAAGACUGCUCAAGGCUUCUUCCAGCCUCUCUUUGAGCUCUCCUAGCCAAGGUACGUCAAACCAAGGGCCUAGCUCUGUGGAAAAUGCCCUAUACCGAACCUCUUCCUGUGGAGACGUGGAUCAAGAGAACGUCCUGUCCAGAUCAAGACCUUCCCCGCCACAUGGCUCUUUAAAAUCUCACAGCAAGCCACCAAUGUCACCAGAGCAAUGGGACUGGAAAGGAAGUGUCUCUGGCUCAACCCAGGGUUUGUGUAGCAAUCCCAAGGAGACAGGAAAGCUGCGCUCACAUCCCUGGGCAAACAGAGGUCAAAACUUUGCUCAGAGCAGCCUCCCACGAGCAAUCCCCCACCUGUCUUACCACCGGCGUUACCAAACCCUGAGCUUAGCCUCCCAGGACGGUCACGGAUCUGGCCGGUUGGCAGGGACUAAACACCUGAGUGAAAGCAAACAGCUGGAAUGGGAUCUGGCUGUACAGGCAGAGUUUGUCAGUGUGUGCAGACAAAUCGAUGCUCUGAGUGUUUGCAGUGACACUAUUGAAUUGUAGAAAGUUGUAAAAGUCCAGUUGUGAUUGGAAUGCACAUGACAUUGUACAGAAAUAGCAGACUCUGCUUAGGUUAGAUGGAGGAAUUAAAUUGUACAUCAUAAAAGUUAUACAGAUGAAAAGAAUUACCUGAACUAAUGAAAGCGGAAUGGACAUUAUUGAUAUAAUAUGUGUAUAUGUAUGUCCCUAAGCUCUUCUCUUAGUAAUGUUUUUUUUUUUUUUCAAAUGUUGUGGCAAUAUUCUAUUUUAAAUGUUCAUUCCAUUUAGACAUUCAUGAAUGUCAAGGAUCAAAUAUCCAUUGCUUAAGAGUGCAAAAUUGCUAUCAAAAGUUAACUUUAGUGGGAGUUUUAAUAUUUGCAUAACUGACAUGUUGAGCUUUUUUAUAUUAUAAGCUAUCCAGCAGAAAGAAAUUCAAAGAGUCUGUGAAAGGAAUAUAAAGGAGAGUCUUCUUCAAUAUUAAGUGGACAAACAAUAAGGGCUCAAACAAGUCUCAUUUUACACCGUUGAUGUACUGUUGUGUUUUCAAUAGUGGAAAAAGUGAGACAUGCUCAAAAGGACUUAACAUAUAAUGAGAUAAGCGACCUAUUGACCUAUUCCCUGUUGUGAUUGUAUGGACACAGUUUCAUCUACAGUGGUAAACAAUAUGAGGAAAUAUUAAAAUCGAAUCGUCAGAGAGAGCUAAAACUUACAGUCUGAUUGUAAUAGUGAAGCAUAAUAUUUUGCUGACACACAAUCAGCACUUUGCUGGCCAUUAAGAUGUGUACAUCUAAGUUGCCAAACUUAUACUUCAUCAAUGGAACAGACAUUUUGGCAUGUAGUACUUUCCUCACAUGAUCAUCAUAUGUUAUUUCAGUGUGGUGUAAUAAACAUGGAAAUUCACGGAAAAUUGAUAUAUACACAGGAUGAGUUUGUCUUCUGUAUUUUUUUAUUGCCUGCUUAGCCAACCAUUUGCGUGACAUCUUUGAAAUUUUAGCAGCCCGUACUGUCAAAGUUGCAAUGAUCUGAGCUCUUUUUUAAAUUACCAAUGGGUGGCAAACUGUGGCAUUGUGUAACCAUUGCCAAGGUUAGAACUUGUGUGAAACAUGAAUGUUGAAAUGGAAAAUCAACGACACAUUUUGGUUCAUAUAUAUCUGAAGAUAUGACAAAAAUGUCAAAAAAUAACAUGCCAGUAAAUAAAUAAUAAAUAAAAA